AUGAAGUCGACCAAAGCACAACCCCUAAAACAGAUUCACGCCGUUUUCGGCCCACAUGGCCACGCCAUCUCCCAGUCCACAGACGCCGUCGCUUGUGGCCGGGAGCAGGACGUCCACGAGGCUCGCUUGCUGGAAAUGUGCUCGGCGGAAUUGUGGCCCAAGGGGUCGUAUGAGCAAGCCUGUGCCCGGCCCAUCCUGAUGACGGAACACCACCAGCACCAGAUGGAGAAGCUGCACGAGGCGUUAACGCUAGCAAUCACGGACAUCGUGGACAGGUGGUGGACUGACGAUGCCGCGGCCUUUCCUCAGCGGAUGCCGCUGACUGGAGUGGAAGAGGGGCUCUUGCAGUGGAUGGAUGGCCAAGUCCCGCAUAACCUGCCCGAGUUCCGGGAGGUCCUCGGCUCUUGGCGGCCCGACUUUCUCGUCGCAGAUGGGCCCCAUAACGAGUUGUACCCGACCGGGGAAGUCUUUUGUGUUACCGAGAUUAACGCGCGGUUCUCCUUGAACGGCUAUAUGCACGAGGCGUAUGGACAGCAGGCUCUUUUGGACCUUGGUAUUGAACAGCGUGGCCUACAGGGGGCAACCGAUCCGGCCAAGCUUAUCGGGGGACUGUGCAGCCUAUUGCGGUUCGACCGGCCUCUCCACCUGCUCAAAGGCCAGGAGAAAGGAAUCGACAUCCACAUGUUUGUCGAGUUCCUCCGUCGCCAUCUGGGCAUGCACGUGCGUAUCAUCGCGCCUGAAGACCUCCGUCUGGUGCCAGACAGCAGUGCUGUGCUGGGCUACAAACUCUGCUGUGCCGUCCGCGCUCCCGAGUACGCCCGUGGCGCUCUUCUGCAAGGCGGCUUGAUGCUAGUAGACGGAGAAGUUGUCGAGGAAAUCCACCAGGUCGGCCUGGAGCUGCACCAGCGUGAGCUUCUUGGGCUUCCAACCAAGAUGCUGCGAGCCAUCAGCCUUCGGUGUUUCAACGAUUUGCGCACAGUGCUCCUAGUACACGACAAAAGGAUGCUCGGGAUCGUGCGGGAGGAACUUGGGUCGCUCGUCCGCCGGUCUGUUCUCAGCGAGGCCCAGGCCGACAUCGUCCGCCAUGGGGUUGCGGAAACCCUCCUGCCAGGCUCGGUUGAGGUGCAGGACCUACUACAACGCUCGCGGGCCUUCCCCGAACUGCGGAAUGAGUUUCUCUUGAAGCCCAUCCGGGGCGGCAAAGGAAGUGGCAUCGUCUUUGGCGACGAAAUGCAGGCUUCCGAGUGGAUCUCGUGCCUGGAGAAGCUUGAUACCGCCCAGAUCACACCUGGGCGAGAGUCCCUGUUGAUUCAGCGGCAGGUCAAGCAGCGCUUGUAUGAUGUGGUCCUCGGCCGGGAUGGGAAACACACUCGGUAUCCUCUCAUCGGCACGUAUCACGUUGUGCACGGCCAGCUGCUUGGCCUGGGGAUUUGGCGAAGCAGUCCAGGGCGCAUCACAGCCGUCAGCAACGGCGGUUCUUGGGUCUGCUCUGUGCUCCAGAAUUAA